AUGGACGACCAACAGAGGAAACGAGCUACAAGAAGCCAUUUCGAGCAGGAGAGGAAUUAUUUUGCGACUUUGGAAAUGACAGAAAGCGACGAAGACGAGACAGCCACCUCUACUUCUGAUGAUAAUGUUGUUGACUAUGAAGAAUAUAUGAGUGAUGCUGAUUUCUUUAACAGUGAAUUUCAACCUGAAUUAGGGUUCUUGGAGGAGGAGGAGGAGGAAGUGUAUAAUUAUGGCGAUCAGGAAAUGGAGGAAGAUGAUGUUGAUCCAGACGAAUUAUCAUAUGAGGAAUUGAUUGCUUUAGGAGAAUCGGUUGGAGUAGAGAGCAGGGGAUUAUCAGAGGCUGAAAUUAGUGGACACUUUCAUCCUUUUGCAUGGAAAUCUCUUCAAAACUCUCUUACAAAUAUUGAUAGAGAAUCUGAGAAAGUUUAUAAGAGAUAUAUAGAAAUUAUAUCAAUGGCGGGAUUAUUCGACAAGCAGGCGGCGAUAUACUUGGAUGCAAGGCCUACUUAUCCAAAAGAGUGGUAUUCCAUGCUGGCGGAGCGAACCUCAAAUCACUCUCUUGCUUGGGACGUCGGCACCGGCAACGGCCAAGCAGCUAUAGGUGUUGCUGAACAUUACGAGCAGGUGAUCGGAACAGAUGUUAGUGAAGGGCAGCUGAAGUACGCAAUGCCACAUCCCAAAGUUAGCUACGUCCACACGCCACUCUCCAUGUCCGAUGAUGAACUAGUUACCUUAAUAGGUGGUGAAGGUACUGUUGAUUUGAUAACUGUAGCAGAAGCAGUUCACUGGUUCGACCUUCCAAGAUUCUACUCCGUUGUCACUCGCCUUCUUAGAAAGCCAGGAGGCGUAAUCGCUCUCUGGGGCUAUAAAGGCAUUAAUAAGAUUAGUCCUGCCUUUGAUGCAGCUAUACAACAUUGGUUUCAGACAGUACUUCCUCAUUGGAAUUCGAAGGCUGACAUUGUGGACGAUGCAUACAAGACACUUCCAUUUCCCUUUGAGAGUGUAGGAUUGGGUUCUGAAGGGAAUCCACUCUUUCUUGAUAUCCCAAAGGAAGUUUCAUUCGAGGGGUAUUUGGGAUUCCUUAAAUCAUGGUCUGCAGUUGCUACAGCAAAGGAACAAGGCGUGGAUUUGUUGCCUGCAGGGGUUGUUAAAGAGUUGGAGACUGCUUGGGGAGGUGCUAAUCUAGUUAGAACUAUUGUGUACAAGGCAUUUAUGCUUUCUGGAAAAGUAAAGCUUUAA